UUCUCCAUCCGCGCCGACGCGACCAACCACCCGCGCCAUGUCGUACAGCUACGCAUCGAGCCGCCGUGGAGGCGGAGGCGGGCUGGCCGCGACGGUUCUUGCGGCCAAGGUGGCGUUCGCGGGCGCGGCGCUCGCCGGGGCCGCCUCAUUCGCGCGCCUCGCCGUGCCGCAGCUCGUGUCCGUGGCCGGCGCCGUGUUCCCGGCGGUGUGGGCCGCGGUGCGGCUGUGGCUCGUGCCGCCGUACCUGUUUGUAACCGUGCACCUCAUCAUCCUCGUCAUCUGGAAGCUCUCCGACCACAAGCACUUCCAGGCCCAGCAGCAGCUCAAGGACCCCUGGCCUCACCCGCCUCCGGCGGCGGCGGCGGUCCCCGCGGCGGAGGAUGCCCCGUCCCUUGUUGUCAACCGCAAGGAGGAGUUCGGCGCAGGCGUCGAGUACGGGGGCGGCAUGCUGGAGCACGAGCCCGCUCCGGAGAUCUCCCCUGACUCCGGCGGCGGCGAGUCCUGCGUCACCACGGAGUCCGACGAGGACGCGUCCUCCGCCGCGUCGUACACAUCCGACGCGAGGCGGAGCCUGGCGCCGCCGGCGCAGGAACUCUCGGUUUUUGAGCGGGAGUUUUCACUGCCACCCUCGGCCGUGGCAGCAACCGCCGUCGACAGCGUCAGGGACGACGACGCUUCCGCCGCCGCCGCCGUCGACGACGACGACUUGGACGCAACGUGGAAGGCCAUCAUGCAGAAGACCCGCCCAGCCGCGGCGGCGGCAAUGGCGCCCCCUCCCGCGCAGAAGGCGCCAGCGGCGCCUCCCCCGCCGCGAGCGCGCGACCCAUCGAUCGGCGCGGAGGAGAUGAACCGACGGUUCGACGAUUUCAUCAAGAAGAACCGCCACUCCUUCGGCCGGCAAUAAGCUCCCUCCGAUCCGAUCCACUCCACUCCGCCGUAUCAUUACAUAUAAAAUCUCAUCUUUGGUUUUUCUUGGUGUGCCGAAGAGAUCACCGGAGCAGAGGAAGCCGGGCUAAUCGCGUCAUCAUCUUUAGGUUGUGGAGGCUCUGAAAUGAAUGGAUGGUGGUGCUAUGGAAGCUGCUAGAGAUGACCCUUAAUGUGCUGAAAUGAUGGUUUUGAGUUGGUACUUUGUUGUUAGGCUCUCCUUUCUCAGUUGUGGUGGCCUGGCAUUUUGUUCUUAGCUUUCUCUUUCUUCUCCUUUCCUUUUCCUACAGCUCUUUUACUGAUUAUAACAGUGCUAAUUGUCCAAAGUUCCUAUGGAGUUAAUACUGGUGGGUAGUGGGUGUGCUUGUGAUUAUAUCUAUUACUGUUGGAUGCCACAUUGUGGCUGUGUUGUUUAAAUGUCAGCCACAGGUCAAUGACCAUGCCUCCAGCUUGAUCCACUGUUCUAUGUUGCUAUCUGUAUUUGCUAACUGUUUAAAGUGAAUAACCAGCAACUCACUUGAGUAACAAA